AUGGAUUUCUUCUUCUGCAUUCCUAUCGUCUUCGGCUGUCCUACCAAGGUCAGCCCGUCCGGCGACCAGACGCCCAGGAUUUGCCCUAGAUGUCAUAAUGCAUCCGUCGUCUCGGCCAAAUCACGCAUGUGGUUCGAAUUAUGUUUCGUCCCCCUCAUACCAAUGCGGUCAAAGCAUAUCUGGAUGUGCUCCAUAUGUCAAUGGAACAUCCCGAUGCAACAAGGGUGGGAGCCUCCGCUCCCGUCGUAUGGUCCUCCGCCCACUCAACCCGGGGGAUGGCAGCCACAGUCUUCAAAUUACACGGGACUCCAUCCUCCCAACGGUUUCCAACCGGGUUAUCAGCCGGGCUACAUCAAUCAGAAUCAACCGAACCAUAGCCAGAAGCGCGAGGGAUAG